AUGGAUUCUGAAACGGCAGCAACCCACGAAGAGAUCUGGGACGACUCGGCCCUCGUCGACUCCUGGAAUGAGGCGUUAGAGGAGUACAAGGUCAGUGAGCGACCGGUUUCGAAACCGCGACAGCUACACGUCACCAAGGUUGGGCUAGAGACGCUGACACAAUCGCAGAAAUACCACAGCAUCCACGCGAAAGGCGGCACAGUCGACGACCUCCCAGACCGCGCAGAUGAAAUGACUCGUGCAAAUGCCGAUGCCAAGCCUGAAACAGGCGAGCUCAACGAACCUAUCGCAGAGGGGGAAGAUGAGGGAGAGGUGGAUGAGACGAUAUCCAUGGACGAGAGCGACGAAACAUCGCACCCGAUAAUCUCGGAUGUCCAGGGCUCCGGGGAGGCGAAAAAGGCUGAUGGGAUGGUUCCUGCGUUAGGGCCAGAGGCAUUUCUGGGGACUGUCCAAGACGGGGAGCUAAAGAAACUCUUGAUGUCGUGGUAUUACGCCGGUAGGUUAGCCUUGUCCCAAACUUCAGUCCCCCGACUAACUGUUACAGGCUACUACACGGGCCUUUACGAGGGGAAACAACAGGGCAGCCAGCAGACAAAAGGAGGAGGCUCUAAAGGACCCUGA